AUGACAAAAGACAUUCGUAAUGUACUACUCAUAAGGUUGCUGACAAUUUGUCGACAGCCCACGACCGGUUUCGCCCUUCUUCGGGCUCAUCAGGUAGCUCGGGUCCGUCACUUGGUUGUUGGUCUUCUCACCGAACUUCGUAUUUGGAUUGCCAACGUUUCAUCACCAAUCGAGGUGACAUCAUCACUUAACCCAGCACUGACGAUGUCUCCUCGAUUGGUGGUGAAACGUUUGCAAUCCAACUGCGCGAAUCCGCGAAUAGACCAACAAUCUGUAACCGUACCGAUAAUCCGCUCGAUUCGAUGGAGCAAUGGGUUGGUCGUUCCAUCAGUUUCGUUGGCAACGUCGGUCACAUCGUACCGACCACCACCCCGUAUGGUCUGUUCACAGGCCAAGAAAUCAGAUUCGGUUGCCGAGCCAGGCCAACCGUGGUGGGGGCGGGUUGGCAACUGGGUCAACCCAUGCGCCGCGAACCGCAACAUCACAGCGGUGAUGAACGCGUCCUACGAAAUCGGCAACCUCACGAGUUACGCGUCUCGCGCCACGGAGUUGCCUAGACGGCUGAUGGGACAGGAGAACAGGAUCCAUACCUCCGUGUACAAUCAGCGCAGCCUAAGAAGCAAGCGUGCAACUAACACCGUGUUGGUUGUUCAUCGUAAUAAGCACCCGUGUGGCCAGUACCCAUCAUCCAAUGGCGGUGCGGUGAAAGAACUAUCAGAAAAAGUCUUUCGUCAACGCGAAUCCGUCCUUACCGAACUUUUUGAACUUUCGCACAUCCGUACAGUUUAUCAUAUGUUCGUCGCGGUCUUGGUCCUCUUCUCUCUGAAUAUCAUUUGUCACGAUUUGUUCGGAGGUUCGACCGGUGAAUACAACGAUCAUGUGACCUUCUUUCAGUACGCUUUUGGUGGAUUUCGUGAAGUGAUUCUGUUCUGGCUCGGAAUGCUGGCGACCACAUUGUUUGUCCCUUUUCUUGGAUUCUUGGUUUGGUGCACAUGUCGUCCGGCAGUUUCAGGUCCGGUGACAUUUGAUUGGAUUAUGUUGAUCGCCUUCAUGAUCAUUCCCGUUCAGUUCACCGUUCACCACCAACUUCCACCUGCCAGCACGGCGACAGUUGUCCUGGAACAAGUCCGUAUGUUUAUGAAGUCGCAUGCGUUCAUACGGACUUCCGUCUCAACAGCAUUCCAAAGGCUAGAGGAUUCUAAACACAAACAAAAAGAUCACAAGAUCAACUAUAAUUUUGCGCAUUCCUGGAGCCCCGAUUUUUCCCAUUACCUUUAUUUUCUGUUUGCUCCCACUCUGGUCUACCGAGAAUCCUACCCACGUACGAAACAUAUUCGUUGGAGUUACGUUGCUUCAAAUUUCCUACAAGUCGGUGGAUGUGUGCUACUAAGCUAUUAUGUUUUAAUACGAUUUUGUUUCACGGAGUUUGUUGAAUUCGGUCGGACUUCCGACUACACUUUGCGUCAGUUCAUCCUCACUUCCACAGCUACAAGCAUUCCAGGUGGACUUGUGAUGCUUCUCACCUUCUUUGCCGCCCUCCAUUCAUGGUUGAAUGCGUUCGCAGAGAUGCUACGAUUUGGCGAUCGAUUGUUCUACAAGGAUUGGUGGAAUUCCACGGCAUUUAGUGCUUGGUACCGUACAUGGAACGUUGUGGUUCAUGACUGGUUGUACACCUAUGUUUACAAUGACAUCCAGAGGAUAAACAGUACCCCUCGUUCUAAAUCGAUCGCAACUGCAGUGGUCUUCUGGCUUUCCGCUGCGGUUCACGAAUAUAUCCUCUCUUCGACCUUCAGGUUUUUUUACCCAGUUCUUUUCGUAUUCUUUGCGUUUGCUGGAUAUCCCUUUGUCUAUUUGAAGGGAUCAUCGCGCUGUUGGAAUGUGCUUAUAUGGGUUUUGUUGUUCACUGGUUGGGGACAAAUGAUGUGUUUGUAUUCUAUGGAGUGGUAUGCGCGUAAAAAUUGCCAACCAAUUUACAACUCCUUUAUUGAUUUUUUUAUCCCUCAUAGUUGGUUUUGCCAACCAACCAAAUCUUGA